CAUAGAAAAGGAACCACCGAAUUUACAAAUUGUAAGGUCAGACGACAACGUAGAAAGGCAUUGACUUGACAAGUUGACUGUUAAUCUGCUGAAACUUGACUGGCAGUCGUUCUGCGAUCGCCUAAUGGAGAUAGAUCAUACACAGAACGCGGUCACGUGGAAGGCGCGUAUUUGAUCUCCGCUACCGCGUUUCUUGUUUGCUGGAGGCGGCGUGUUGGCAUGUACUUAAAUACACGUGCACCCGACUCCCGUCCUUCCUUCCCAACAUCCUUCAUCCACCGUCAUCACUAUAGAGCAUGCAAUCGGCUACUCUCUCCCGGACGUCCUCGACGGCCAGCAUAUCUUCCACGGAAGAUGCAGCGCGUCGUACGCGCAAACGCUUUUCCACCGUUCAACUCAUAAUGUUGGAGCAGCUCUUCCACCGGACAUCCCACCCGACGCGAGAAGAACGCGAAGCACUUGCGAAUAGUGCAGGAAUGGAAAUUAAGUCUGUCACCAUAUGGUUCCAAAACAAACGCCAGACAGAGCGAAAAGUGGCCCUCCACAAUGCCACCAACGUCUCCAAUGGAGAUGGGUCUUCUUCACCACUCACACAUGGUCAUCACCAUGCACAUGCUUCUUCGUCACGUCCUGCCCACUCCCGAUCAGGUUCUUUCUCAAGCUUGCAUACUCCGCGGAGACGGGUAACGCCUCCUCGCCCGCGUCCCUCCCUUGACCGUGUCGCGGCACGUUCCGAAUCACGUCUCCCCCCACCCCGCACACCUACCAAGCCUCAUAAUCCGCACGCGUCGCUCUGGGACAACAUGCCCUCCUCCCCACUGGCACCUGCCAGCCCUCCUACACGGGACUUGGUAGACUUCGUGGGCAGUGGACGUACCCUUGAAUGGGCGUGUGCUGCGGCACGACUAUCCGGAAGGCGCAAAGAAGACGAUGAAGCUGAAACGGAAGAGGAAGAAAUGGAAGCUCUUACACCGGAAGGGAGCUUAGGAGCUGGAGAUUACGCCUGGAAUAGGGGAUCUGCGUUUCCCGUCCAGAAGCGCAGGCACGUGUCUCGGAACUUGAAAAUUGCGCCCAUGGCAGUAAACAGGAAAGGUGCGAUUCAAGACGACGAUAUGAUGCGAGCAGCGCUGGUCCUGUGUGGACUGGGAAAGCGCAGAGCACUACCAUUAUCAUUUGCACAUACCCUGCAUUUUCAAAGCACGUCUUUGGAUAUUUAUUAUCAUGUUGUAUAUAUCAUACUUCGUGCGUCUUCGAGCAUUUUUCGAAAGGCCUCUGUGAUCGAGCAUUGAACCUCUGUAAUGAUCCGUGGCUGACGCAAAGCCAUUUGAAAUCGUAUCGAACUUCAGAUCAUGAACUUCCAGGGUGUGGAAGGAGUCGCGAGGGUAUAAGGGUUGCCCUGCGGAUCAUCCGAAGGCCAAUGAAGCUAGCCUAGACGUUCUAGGGCACUACAAAGACACUUGAAAUGAGCUUCAGAGUUCUUGGACCCGGAUAAGAAGUCAACAAGUCUUAACUAUGUACUAGUACUUAGGAUGAUGAUGAUAAGAUAAGUCGAGACUCGUUAUAUCGGCAU